AUGACGUUUAAUGGCAACCAGACCGUCGACGAAGCUCACGACUCUGACUCUUUUCCCACGAUCACGUCUAAGCAACAUCCUUUCGUGCGAGCGCCGAACAUCAGUGGUUUAACCCUGGGUCUCAAGCGAUCCACAUCCGACGUAGAGGCCCCCCAGUCAGCGCCUCCAAACCCCAAAAGACUCAGGGUCGAUCAGUCUCCAGAAUCGAACACAAGACGGGACACAAAGAAGCGUAAGAAGAGGAGAAAGAAAGAACCAGUAGUUGCGAAACUGGAUCGUCAUCACAUGGGGGACAGUUCGUCACAGCCGCAGCGGUUGCCAGUGUCGGCUCGCAAUGAAAUCAUUCGAUUUACGUCCACGCAGCUACCAGAUCCAGGAAGCAAAAGCAGGGUCGGAGUCGAAGUUCCAUCAGACCAUCUUGAUCACGAGAGUGAUGCCGAAAAGAAUUCUGAAGGGAAAUUACAAUCAACCAUUCUGAAUGGAAACGAUUCAUCAGAAACCGCUAAUUAUAGUGAUACGAAACAGUCCCCAAAUGUCAACUCGCAACACUCCUCAGAUGCUGACCCUGAAGGCAGGAUUUCGCAACUAACAAAGGAAUUGACAGAGAAGGGCGAGCUUCUGGCUGCGCAUCAAAGUGUUCUCAACAACAUUUGUCAAGCUCUGACAUGUCAGAUUUGCCUCGAUGUGAUACCUGCUGUACCAGCCAUUGUACGGAAAAAGACAUGCCCACAUUGCCGAGCAGUCGUGCGAGAUCGUCCCGCAGAAAUAUGGACUAUCAAGAAUCUAGCGCACGUCAUAGGGAAGAGUGGUCUUGCCAACGUGCCUCCUCGUCCCGAGGUGCAAGCUAACGUUGAUCGGCCUGCGGACGUGGAUCCUUGGGAUGGCAUCUUCCGGAAGUCGGUCCAUGGUUUCCUUCCCUGGUUACUAGCAGACGAUGCAGAUACCGAGCCCCGUCGCGGAGAAGACGUCGGUAUGCUUGAUAUGGAGGAUGGAGGGAUAUACCGAUGUCUGGACUGCAUGCAUGAGAUUUGGGAUGGCGUGUGUACAUCAUGCGGUAGGCGGUAUCCUGGUCAUGAAGGAGGGGAGGAUUGGUCGGACGAUGAACUCGGUUUAGACUUUGGCCCAGGAGUAGAAGAGUUUGACCCUGAAGAUGAUCCAGGCUGGAUAGGUCUCGAAGAAGGCGAGGGGGAUGACGAAGAUGAUGGCCUAGCGAUCGCCGACUGGUACCCAGGUUUGCCAAUGUUCCGUUGGCGCUUUGGCUUUGAUGAGCAAGAUGAAGAGGAUGAGGAGGAAGACGACGCAGACGACGGAGAUGAAGAAGCUGCUUAUGAAAGCGAUUUCAUCGAUGAUGAACACGACACCGGAAUUCCUCCAGGCCCUAUUCAACAGCUGCCGCACAUAUAUGAGCUUUCCGAUGACAGCGAUGAUGAAGACCACCGUUCGCUCGUAGAUGCCGAUCUCCUCUCUGAGGAAGACGAACCAUCACUUGCCAGCAGACCGGGCCGAACAGCACCCAUUGUAGUUUCCUCCGACGAAGAUGAAGACGAGCUCGAUGGCGUUGUUACUGUCCGACCCUCGCGUCCAAGACGUGGACGCCUUGUUGAAUCUGAUGAUGAGGUUGAGGUCUUGGGUUCAUCGGACGGUAGUGGCCAGUGA